UGAGUUAUGAAUUCUACAACUUUACGGGGCGUUUUCCCCGAACCAAAACCUGUCCACAGAAGAAAUUUCAUUAAAGAAAACGUCAAGCAAAUAAAGCAGAUGCAGGGGAUUUUGCAAGACGCAGGGAUUAUACAACCUAAGCAAAGCAAAGAUGACAGAUUCAAAAAUAUUCCCACAAAAAAUGCACCUGUUAGUAAUAAGUCACAUCGGUAUGCAAAAGAAAAAUCAAUCCAUAGCAUGGUAAGUUCUACGACGACACAGGAAAAAAAAUCGUUUGAAAGUAAAUCGGAAACUGCAAAAAAAAGUAAAAAUUCAAGUACUACAGAGAAAUUUACCCAUCGAUCGAUGCAAACUGAAAAAAAUGACGAUGUUGUUAAGUUAUAUGAAACAGGAGUAAUAAAGUUUGCACGGACACCUACAAAAAAAACAAAGAGAGGUCGCGGACAAGGCGACACAGAAAACGUUUCACAGGGUAUGGAAAAUUUGGAUUUAACUGAAGGAAGAGAUUUUGUCAGAGAAAAUAUGAAAAAUAUCAAACCAAAGCAUGUAAAACAAGUGCAAAAAAAAGCGCCCUCUUCACCUCAUGAAGCUGGACAAUUGCCAAAAUAUAUUAGGGAUAAAAAAGAGGAGGAAGCUGCUGCAGAAGUAGACCAAGAAGAGUGUCCACCUGGUUAUGUUUUGUUGCCCGAAGAGGACAGAAAAAUUACUUUGAGGAAUUUACGACAAAGCUAUGCAGAUAGAAUUCAAGAGUUAAACUCUAUGCCUGUUAGGAGUGACACAUUAAGAAUGAGGAAAAGAAAAAUGGAAAUUGAAGAAGAAUUAAAGAAAAUUGACGGGGGAAUUAAAAUUUUUCAAAGGCCCAAAGUUUAUGUCAAAAUUAAUGAUUAA